AUGGCUCCCAAGGCUGUUCAUUUCGGUGCUGGCAAUAUCGGCCGCGGCUUUGUUGCCUGCUUCCUCCACAAUUCUGGCUACGAGGUCGUCUUUGCUGACGUCGCCGAUGCCCUGAUUGACUCUAUCAAUGCCUCCCCCUCGUACCGCGUCAUCGAGGUUGGCGUAGAGGGCACCACCGAGUCUAAAAUCACAAAUUACCGCGCCAUCAACUCCAAGACGCACGAGGCCGACCUCAUCGAAGAGAUCAGCACCGCUGACAUCGUCACCUGCUCCGUUGGCCCCCGCGUCCUAAAGUUCAUCGCCCCCGUCAUCGCCAAGGGCAUCGAUCGCCGCCCGGAGACCCUCAAGCCCCUCUCUGUCAUUGCCUGCGAGAAUGCGAUCGGUGCCACCGACACCCUGGCCGAGUUUAUCAAGAGCCCCGAGAACACGUCCGAGGAACGCCUCGCGGACCACUCCUCGCGCGCUCGCUACGCUAACUCUGCCAUUGACCGCAUCGUCCCCGCCCAGGACCCCGACGCUGGCCUUGACGUGACUCUGGAGAAGUUCUUCGAGUGGGUCGUCGAGAAGACGCCGUUUGAGGACGUCGGCAUCCCCAACAUCGAGGGCAUCAACUGGGUUGACAACCUGGCGCCAUUUAUCGAGCGCAAGCUCUUUACCGUCAACACUAGCCAUGCGACGGCCGCCUACCACGGGUACAACCGCGGCAAGCGCACCGUCUACGACGCGCUGCAGGAUAAGGCCAUUAUGGCCGAGGUUCGCGGCGCGCUCGACGAGACCAAGGGCCUGAUUGUCAGCAAGCACGGCAUCGAUGAGGCCGCGCAGGCCGCGUACGUCGACAAGAUCAUCAAGCGCAUCGGAAACCCGCACCUGGAGGACGCUGUCGAGCGCGUCGGUCGCGCGCCCCUCCGCAAGCUCUCCCGCAAGGAACGCUUCGUCGGCCCCGCCGCCGAGAUUGCCGAGCAGGGCGGCAGCAUCCGCUACCUCCUCGACGCCAUCGAGAUGGCCUUCCGCUUCCAAGACGUCGAGGAUGACGAGGAAUCCAAGGAGCUGGCCACCAUCAUGGCGGACAGCGCGCCCGAGGACGUGGUCGCCAAGGUCUGCGGAGUGCAGACGUCGGAAAAGAUUUACCCGCAGCUCGUCGAGGUGGUCAAGCGCGUGCAGGCCGACGACAACAGCGAGUGA